UUAGUAAAAGCGCCAUCUUGAAUAUGUAUUUGGUGUUUUCUAGGUUUUACCUCAUUCCCCAAGGCAAAGUCCGAGGUUUAUCGAUCCAUUUACAAUUCUCGUCUAGUCUCGUGCAAUCUUUGCGAGAUUUACGAACCGGAGGCGCCAGAAUCAAAACAGUCGGCACCAGACAACAAGUUUGUGAUUAUCAGAUCAGGUUAAGCAGUUGGUCUUUGCUGAGGAAUUCCAUUAUGCCUGUGGAACAGAUUUCCUACUCGGAGAAGUACUUUGAUGAACAUUUUGAGUACAGACAUGUGAUCCUGCCACCCGACAUUGCCAAGCUUGUGCCAAAGAAUCACUUGAUGACAGAAACGGAGUGGAGGAACAUUGGGGUACAGCAGUCCCCGGGCUGGAUACACUACAUGGUCCACUCACCUGAACCACAUGUGCUGCUGUUUCGGCGUCCAGUUCCACAGGCACAGAAACCCCAGAAAAUGCCCCAGGCAAUUCCUACACAGGUCCACUAGGAGGUCAUUCUAAAACCUGCUUGUUCUGUGGAUAACUAAAUGACAAAUUGGAGGUCUGGGAGACUAGUGCUGUCCAGCUUCACAGAGAACAGUGGCAGAUGAUGUUCAGUGUGUAUCUGGAAAAUAAGUGUGUCAGAUGGACCAACAUGUACAACACAUAAGCAUCAUGCAUUCGUCAGAGCCUUAGUUGAAAAAAAAUGAAACAAAUUUUGUACGAUUUUGUGUUUUGCCUUAGAAUGGCAUGAAUAUUUGAAGUCAUUUUCAAACCCUUAUAAACAUUCCAUGAAAGUAGAUCUAAUUUUCAUAGUUUAUAACUUAUUGUGGGAACAAAGUUAAACAGAAGUAUGUCAGAUUUUGUUUAUUGUCUUAGAAUAGCUUUUUUGGUGCUUAAUAUUCAUAAUAGUUUAUGAAAACAUGAUGCCUACAAUUUGUUGAUUACUUUGUCUAUCACUCAACUUCAACUGAGGCUUUGACAAAGUUGUUGAUGUUGCCUGUACUCGUACAUGGUGAGCUAGCCCACCACAAAGAGAAGUGGGAAAUAAUACAUGUAGUACUGUACUUUACCUGAGAUAAGCCCAAUGUGUGUUUGGGAAGUGGUUGAGGGAUUGUCUUUAGAAAGAUGGCAAAGGGUCCUAGAUCAAAUUCUUUACUUUUUUUGGUAAAAUUUCCCACCAAGAUAGAUUUUUUUUUAUCUUUUAACAUUCCCUUCUGAACUAAAGAUUUUAACUGAUUUUAUAAACAAUUCCCCAAAACUGAUCAUUUUCCAGAAGUUUCCUUUUCAAUGCAUUAAAAGAUUUUAAAAUAAAAUCAGUAAAUAAUAUUAAAAUGAAUAGGAGCUGAGAAAUGUAUUGGCUGCUC